CAGAUCCUAGUCCCGAUGUUAUCUUGGGUACGUUCAUACUAUUUGAUUCGGUUAUGCAUGCCUUGAUCGAUCCGGGUUCUACGCUCUCCUAUAUCUGUGUUGGCAUGCCUGCUAAUUCUGCGAUUGUGAGGAGUGACCUUGAGAUACCUACCGUUGUAUCGAAUCCGCUAGGACAUAGCAUGCGUCUUCAUCACAUUUAUCAUAGGUGUCCGUUGUCCGUGCAAGGGAAGCAAUUUCCUGCAGAUUUGAUAGAGCUACCACACAAGGAGUUUGACAUUAUCCUUGGUAUGGAUUGGCUCACCGAGCAUAGAGCAGUGGUCGACUGCAGUUGUCGGACCGUAUGGCUGAGAGCCGAGGACGGUAGCGACGUAUCACUCUCCGGGGAGGUGUUCCCCAAGACUCCCGAGUUCAUAUCGUCCUUGAGCGCGAGGCGCUUGAUUCGCAAGAAGUGUGAGAUGUUCCUGUGUCACGUUCAGGAUAUGCGAAAAGAAUCGCCACGUCAACAGGACAUUCGUACGGUUUGCAACUUCCCCGAUGUCUUUCCCGAAGACCUACCUGUUGAGUAAGGCAUUAAAUGUUAAGUGGUUUGACUUUGGUGAAAGUCUAAAUUGGUUUGACCGGUGGUCAAAGAGUUCAUGAGAAACCCGUAACACCUAAAUCGUUUUGAAAAGAAAGAAAAUAAGUUGACUGUUGGUCAACCGUCUAAAGAACCGAAUGUAAAGUUGAAUUGAUUUUUAUUAAAAGGAUAAACACAUG